CGCUGCAGGAGGUUCGCGCCGCCCCGCCGCCCGACCCGCACGAGACUCCCAGGCACCGCCGGCUGUGGUCAGCGCACUGCCGGACGCGUGCGGCCGACUCCGACCUCGGCCGCGUCGCCUGUGCCAGUCGAGCGCCGGCAGACGUGCUCGGCGCCGCUCCGACCGGAGAACGACCCCGGCCGCAAUGUCUGCUCCCGGCUACCACAUGGUGAACGCGCUGAACAUGAAGGACUCGCGCUGGCUGCAGCUGGAGGCAUGCCGCGAGUUCCAGCGCAACAAGUGCAGCCGGAGCGACGCGGAGUGCAAGUUCGCGCACCCACCGCCGCACGUGGAGGUGCAGAACGGCAAGGUGACCGCCUGCUUCGACUCGAUCAAGGGUCGGUGUAACCGCGAGAAGCCUCCCUGCAAGUACUUCCACCCGCCGCAGCACCUCAAGGAGCAGCUGCUCAUCAACGGCAGGAACAACUUGGCCUUCAAGAACGCGCUGAUGCAGCAGCUGGCCGCCGGCGCCGUCCCCAUACACGGCUCCGCGCCGAUGACGUCGCCGGCGGGCCCUGUUUACGCCGGCCUCAGUCAGUACUAUGCGCUGGCAGCGAGUCCGCCGCUGGGGGAGACGGCCAUGCUGUCGGCGCUGCCACUGCCGCAGAUGCAGCAGAAGCUGUCCAACGACCGUCUGGAGGGCGAGCCUGUAUACGAUACUUCGGUGUACUACGCUCCCUUUUCCGGCAAUGGGAAUGCCGUACCAAGCGGUCGGCCGGCGGAGAAGGGC